UCGCUGCGUGCGAUUCGCGCGCAGCAUCUCUCCCUACUUUUGCACCGCCGCACCGCACCGCAUCACACACACACACACAGACAGCAGCAUUGUACGCCGCCGAUGCCUCGCAGCCUAUGCUACGCUAUGCUGCCGUAUUAACAUGCAAUAGUCUCUCGGACUUUAGAGUGUUGCUCCGGUUUGUCAUCCGCAAAAUACACGGUGUGCGCAUAGCAGCAUAUAUACAGCAUAUAGCGCAGGGGACGCCGCGCAGUAAUUUUUGCCCGCACAGUAGUGAGCGCGGAUUAAAAGCGCCUUCGCUGCAGCACAGCACGGCAGCGGCAACUUGUUGUUGAUUGAAGACGACGAGGAAGAAAAUUGUUCACGAGUCUCCCAGAGGAAAAUUCACAUUGCCAAAAUGACGCCAGAUGGAUAUGCAAGGAUAUAUGUUGGAGGUCUGAAUGAGAGUAUCAAGAAAGAAGAUUUACAAACUCAAUUCGAAAAAUUUGGCAAACUCAACAAAGUCUGGGUGGCAUUCAACCCACCGGGCUUUGCCUUCAUCGAAUACUUCAACAUGGAUGAGGCAGAGAUGGCGUGUAGCAACAUGAAUGGCACAGAGAUAAUGGGAGCAAAAUUAAGGGUAGAAAUUUCACGAGGUCGAGGCCGAUCAGUCAGAGGUGGAGGCAGAGGCGGUGGAGGAGGUCGUGGAGGAAGAGGAGGCUUCGGUGGCCCUCGUGGAGGAGGUGGAGGCGGUUACAGAAAUAACACAGGAGGUGGAUACGACAGAGGUGGCAGCUAUUACGGAGCUGGAGGAGGUGGUGUCGGUGGAGGUAGUGCUGGUGGACGCUACAGCCAAGGCAAUGGGGGUGGACGCAGUUAUGGUACCCAAGACUCUUAUGGCGAUGGUGGAUAUGGUGGAAAAAGGUUUAGGAGUCGAUCUCCGCCUGGACGUACUAACAGUCAACGUCAUCUGCGUGAAUGCAUUUAAAAGAACUACACUUCGUUGCCAAACCUUUUUGCGGGCUACCUGUUGCCCGGCACGACGACUACAUUCUGUCCAAUCUUCGCAGCGAAACAACCAAUUAAUCAAUCAUUGUUUUAUAAGAAUUGUUAAUUCGUAAGAUCACAGCUCGAGACGUAUUGUAACUAGGUUUAUUUACAAAAAAAUUUUGGUUCUGCGCGAUAAUUCCAAAUUUUUUGAUUAUCAAGUAACCAAAAAUCGCACAUGAAGUGAUAUUGAAUUUUAUGCAGUAUCUUUUUCUCUAUUUCGAAAAUUAAUUUUUCUACUGAUAUUCCAGAUCAAUUAAAACACGGUAUUUUGAUUAAUUUACUUGUAUUUAUAAAUAUUAUAUUAUAUAAUAAUGUAACGAAAAAAAAAAAUUAAAUUAGGAAU